UGGACCCUCCCAGGAUGCACCAUCUUUUGCAACCCCGGCUGUUAUUGUUCAGAAUAGCUGUCUACCCAUUGAUUCAGUCUACCUAUGCCUACUUUGUAAUUUUUCAUAUCCUUUCAAGUAUGGAAAGCUCAGAUGGAAUCCUAUUUGUCGAAAGCGACUUUUUGAAAGUGCGCCAAUUAAUCGCUGCAAAAGCGCAAACAGUUUUAUCUAUUAGCUUUUCUGUGAUUUUGAUCAUAUCAGACACAUUGUAAUCAUAGUUUACAGGGAUCCUGAUAAACAUAUGCUAUUGGAGGGAACACAUGCACCUAGAUUUGGUGACGGAUCUCAAGAGGGAAAAGACGGCGUGGAGUGCAUUUGAGUCAUCGGACAUUCAGG